UGUCUCUUAAAAUUAAGCUGUUUUUAUUUCUCACUGUCUUCUAGGCUCAAUGAUUGCAACCUGUCAGAGAGAAGUUGUGAAGCUCUGACCUCAGUUCUCAGCUUACAGAAAUCAGGCUUGAGAGAACUGGACCUGAGCAACAACGACCUGCAAGAUUCAGGAGUAAAACUCCUGUCUGCUGGACUAGAGAGUUCACACUGCAAACUGGAAAUCCUCCGACUUUCAGGCUGUAUGAUAACGGAUGUAGGCUGUUCUUCUCUGGCCUCUGCUUUGACCUCCAACCCAAACCAUGUAAGAGAGCUGGAGCUGAACUACAAUCACCCAGGAGAGGAAGGAAUCAAACUGCUGGUAGCUGGACUGAAUAACCCAUCCUGGAGGCUGGAUACCCUUAGCAUGGAACAUGGAGGAGAGGAACGGAUGAAGCCUGGACUGUUGAAGUAUCUCUGUAAACUCACUCUGGACUUGAACACCAUAAACAGAAGAAUGAACCCAGUCGAGCCGAGGAGGGUGUAUGGGUUAAGAGAAAAGCAGCCAUUCCCGGAUCAUCCAGAGCGGUUUGAAUGCUGCCAGGUUCUGUGUGAGAAGCCUCUGGCUGGACGUUGCUACUGGGAGGUUACCUGGAGGGGAGGAGUGUAUGUGGCUGUGAGCUACAGAGGGAUCAAAAGAAAAGGAAUCAAUGCUGAUUCUUGGUUUGGCUGGAAUAAUCAAUCCUGGAGUAUUUUUAGCACUAACGACAGAGAUUAUGUUUUCUGGCAUGACAGAAAAAAAAAGGUUGUCCGGACUUCUUCCUUCUGUGUGUCCUGCAAAAUAGGAGUCUAUGUGAACUGUGCUGCUGGGACUGUCUCCUUCUACUGUGUCUCUGGUGACACAAAGGUCCACCUCCACACCUUCAACACCACCUUCACUGAACCGCUUUAUGCCGGCUUUGGGCUCUGGAGUGCAGGUUCCUCUUUUCUUAUCAAAUGUUUGUAGGGAGGAUCUCAAUUAGAGUUAAACACAGGAAGCAGCUAUCAGAUAUUUCUGAAAGAUCCCCCCCGAGUUGUUGGAACAGGAAAGUUUCGGGACAUUUGGAGAUGCAAAAUUUCUCCUUUCUGAAAGUUAUCUAAAUUGCAGUGUACCAGAUGGCUCUGGCAAGCCAGAUGUACCUUGCAGCAGCUUGCUCCCCUCUUGCUGACAACGGAGCCGAAGUUGAGAAAUGUGGGCUACCUCUCAGCUGCUGAAAGCCCCACAAAAGAAGAGAACCGUAGCAGAAUGCCUCUCCCCUUUGUGUCGAGAACUGAGGAGAAGGCUGCCUACCUCACCUCUUUUCUGUAUAGCAAAUAUAAAGCCACUCCAAGAAUGAAGCAGAAGCCAUGGAGCUGGAGCUUUUCAGAGGGAAUCAACUAGCUGCUACAGGAAAACUGCUGUAACUCCAUGAGCCACGGCUGAGGAACCCCCCCAGUUACUUUGCAGAAAAGAUAAAAAAAAACAUGUUUUUUCUUUAUUUGCUACCUUACUUGUCAUCGAAUGUCGCUUUGGUCUAGUUGCGAACCAGUUUUUGCUUCUGCACCGUCGGUUUCCUGCCAAAGCGCAAGGAAGAGCCUGUUCAAGAACUUCGACGGAUUGUACUUCCGUACCUCCUCGAUUAACCUUCCGUUGUAGCUGUCCAUUGUAGUUGUUCCUCGGUUUUUAAAAAUGGCGCUCCCUGGCACCCAAUCAAGAAGGUCGACCACACAGACAGUCGGAAAGGCAUACCAAGGACCAAUCACAGCUGUUUUUUGUCUGCGCACUUCCACUUGACGUCUGUGCAGGUUUGCGACCGUCUGACGCGUAGUCAGGAUUUUUUUUAGGUGCGCAAUGAAGGUUUCAGAACCUCUGAGCGGGGGGCAUGGUUGCGCACAGAGACGGAUUUGACGGUUGCAGAGGCUAUGCCUCACAAGCAUAAAUUGACCUUAAUUAGAAACAGAUAGCAGUAUGUAACCACACAGGCAUUAUCUGU